AUGUCGACUAAAAAAUUAUCUGAAGUUAUACCUUUAGAAAUUAAAGACACUGCAAAAAACUUGGGACUCAUUGCAGCCAAACCGAUCAUUUCGGUUAGAAGUGCUUUAAAAACCAUGGCAGAUAAUAAUAUCACUUCAUUACCAAUUUAUUCACAUGUUUCAGAAGAGAUUGUUAAUAUAGUUAACUUGGUGGACAUUUUAAAUUAUAUUAUCAAGGAAGCAGUCGCAGAUGAGAAAUUGCCAACUUCCAUCAACAGUGAGAGAAUUAUUAAUUUGGAUAAACCUAUUGAAAUCGUUAUGACCUUGGAUAGUGAUCGAGAAAGUUAUCGGAUAUUUAAAUCUGAUGCAAAUGAAGGGCUUCAUGAUACUUUAACAGCAUUUUCCAAAGGAGUUCAUCGCUCGUUGGUAAUUGAUUACACUGGUAAAAUAAAUCCAUACAUCCUGACACAAACGGAUAUUAUCAAAUAUGUUUAUAAACAUCCUGAGAGUGUACCAGACAUUGAUUUCAAUUUAUCCUUGAAAUCACUUGGCUUGUUUAGUGAAGAUAAAAAAGAGGAAGUUGUGGUUGGUUAUGUGAAUGAGACGGCUUUAAAUGUUUAUAGAAGAAUGGCUUUUAAGAAUUUAAUUGGAAUUCCAAUUGUUGAUAGACAACUAUUUGGAAAUUUGUCAGUUUCCGAUUUACGGGGUUUAAGUUAUAAAUCUAUUGAUCAUCUUGUUUUGCCCGUCUUGGAUUUCUUAAAGCUUCUUCCAAAUUCAGAAAAUAUUUUGAAUCCAAAAACAGCAACAUAUGACACCAGUUUGAAAGAAGUAAUCGAAAUUAUUGUAGAAAAUCAUAUUCAUCGUAUUUGGAUAAUUGAUCAAGAUAAAAAAAUUUUAGCCCGUGUUGAGUUUACAUAUUUAUAG